AUGCCAAAUGCUAGCGAAAACGAAAGAAAGAUAAAACGAAAGCGUUUUACUAGUGAAUCCAACGAUACCAAUAUUACUACCAAUACCAGCAUUACAAAUUCAAUCGCUUCAACUAACUGGUUGCGAGUAAUUCUUAACGAACAUGAGGUUGAUCCUACAAGUUUAACUUCAACUACUCCAAAUUCUACUUCCCCUUCUUCUCAGAAUUUUCCUCCAUCCGUUAAUUUAGUAAGUAAAGUGGUCGAAGUUUUGGGAAAUCUUUUGGAGGAAAUAAAACUUGAUAUUUGUGGAACUUUUUUAAAUCAAAGUAAAGGUCAUUUAAUUCCUGCAAGCUUUCUUCGAGAAUUUAAUAAACUCAUAAAAGAAUGUUCCUUCCCACAGCAACAACAAUCUUCUACAAAUAUCAAACCGUCAACUAUAAAAUCUGUGAAUCAACUUCAUUCAAUAAUUUCUACUCAACCUCCAACUCCCGAAACUGAGCUUUACUGCCAUGUCUUUAAUUUUUAUCGUCAAAUGACUGCUUUUCUAACUGUAGUUCAAAUGUUUUUUGAAUUAGUGGUCAUGGAUUUUCUAUGUGAACAACGUGAAGAUAUGAACUGUCGACGUACGUCAAUAGAUAGAUUUAUGAACAUUUUUCAUGAAGAGGAUAAUUUCUUUCAACUUCCUCGUCAUUCUUCAAAUAAUUCAUCUUGUGUUCUUCCUGAAGCCCCUAGUGUUUUAGAUCCUUGUAUGGGAAUUGGUUCUUUUCUUUGUGAAUUUAUCAAUAGACUUACUAUGGCCGCUCAACAAUGUCCUAAUGUUUGGAAUGAUCCAAAGGCUAUUUCUCAUUUACUCCAAUCUUUGGCUACGAAUCUUUGGGGUAUAGAAAUUGAUGCGUUUGCUUUUCAUCUUUGUAAACUGAACAUCACGAUGCAUUUAUUACCAUUAUUUAAACGAUUUCGAAAUUUAUCAUAUUAUGGAGAAUUGAAAUUGACUCGAUUACAUCUCUUUUGUAAUGAUACUUUAAAUUUGUAUCUUCCUCUUCCUAAACUUGAACGUACAUGGGAAUACGAAAAUUUACAAUUAUUACGCUCACCUCAAAGACUCAAGUUUGACUAUAUUGUUACAAAUCCUCCUUAUAUGAUCAGGAAAACCGGUUUUAUUUCUGAACCUGACAGUGAACUUUUUGAUGAAAGAGUAUUAGGAAAAGGUGGUAUGCAAGCUUAUGCUUACUUUUUUUGGUUCUGUGUGGAAAGAGUUAAAGAAGAAACUGGUGAAAUAUGUUUAAUAAGCGCGAGUCAAUGGAUGGGUUUAGAGUUUGCAGACAAAUUAAGAGCGUGGUUAUGGCAAAAAUGCCAUCUCGUAGAAUUCUUCCAAUUUGAGCCAUUUAAGGUUUGGAGGAAGAUACAAACCGAUUCUUUAAUUUUCCGUUUACGACGAAGAAAUGAACCUCUACUCCCGAAUGGAAUGUCUUCUGGUAGACCUUCUAGCUUCAUUGAACCACCUAUUGUCUUUUUGCGUUACAUGAACCGUAAAGCAACUUUGCAAGAAACACUUCAUGCAUAUUCAAAUUUUAAUCCUAACUCAACGCAAUUUGAUAAAGAAAUGCACUACAAAAUAACACCUCCUCAUCCUCAUACUUCACUUCCAUCAACUACAAAUUCUUUUUCAUUUACUUUCUUAAUGCCAACUUCUGCUGUGAGUGCUUACCUUCACUCGAUAACUGCUAAUUUUCCUUCCUUGUGUGACCAUUCAAGCAUAAAACCUACUUGGCAGGAAUGUAAUCCUUUGAUUUGGCAUAGAGGUCCUAAUACUAAUCCUGUAUAUGCUCUCGUUGUGCGUACCUCAUGGGCAUAUUCUAAAUUUGGUUCAGAAGUUUGUAAGCGUUGGUUACGUCCAGUUUUUUAUUGGAAUGGAAAAAAUGGUGGAAAAGAAGCAGAGUUUUGGCAGAAAAUGGGUGACGAAAUGCGUCUUGAAAAAAAAGAAAGUUCACCUGCUGAAGCAUAUGUACCUUUUCUCUCUUACAAUUCCAGUGGUUCUACUAUAACUAAAGGUUGUCAUGAAAAAGAUAAAUCUAUGUAUUCAUUAAUUAUGGUGGAUCGUGAUGCUGUAGACAAGUUACGCAAAGAACCUGGUGAAAACAGUGAAUUUUGGCAUUAUCUUAAGGAAGCUAGAAAACAGUUACAGACCGGAAUGACCUCAAGAGAAGUCGCAUAUUGCGGAACUAGUAAAUGUGGAAUUGACGUACAAACGAAGAUUAUACAUCCGAUUAAUUAUGGUUAUUUCUCUAAAAAUCAGCCACGUCAAAGAUUCUUCAUAGAUGAGGAUAAUGUUUGUGUAACCAAUCAGUGUAUUUACUUUACCAUCAAACCGACAACUAGACUUCCUUCGUAUUUCUUUCUUGGACUUCUUAACUCUACCACAAUUCAACAUUUUCUUUCCCACCAUUGUAAAUAUGAUCAGCAGGGUCGCAUGCGACUCUUCAGAGAGAAUAUGGCCAAAAUACCAUAUGCUGCACCAACUGACACGGAGGGGGUUAAUUGGUUUAUUGACUGUACUCAGAAAAUGAUAACUGUACGUCAAAUGCUCUAUGAAGGCAUUGGUUUAUGCGAUGAAGAAGAAAAGGUUGCAAGUGCUGUGGUAGAAAAAUUACGAAGAGGAUCUUGGCAACUAGCUGGGCGUGAAUGGCAAGAGAAAGAAUCUGAUUCUUAUAGUGACGAAACCAGCGUAGUUUUAAGAGAAGAACAGGAAGGAAAUUGGGUAAUGGUUAAACAAUGUCGUGGGAGAGGCGACAAUAUGGCGGAAUAUUCCUUAAUUCCUGGAGAAAUUUCAUCUUCUUCACUUCAACAGGACGAGAUAGGAGGGCUAACAUCCAAGCUACGAUCCGCGGCAAUAUUAAACGAUCAACGUUAUCCAAACACCAGAACACAUAUGAUGAAACCAUUUUUUGAAUCUCUCCUUCAUUCUUCUGCUUGCCUGCAAUAUGCGAUAGAUCAAUUUGUAUAUUCAUUAUAUGGCAUAGAUACAAAAUUUCAAGUAGCGUUAGAAGAAGAGUUAAAACUAGAAAUCUUUGAAGUUGUCAUCAAAAAAUAUCCUCGGUGGAAUGGACCUGUUAAUCAAAGUAACAGUAAUAAAUCUAACGGAACGGAAACCAGAGGAGUUAUACCAGAGUGGGGAGAAAGAUUGCUUUCUGAAGUCGAACAAGCAAUUGAGGGAGUCCAACAUGUAUUAAGACAAAAAAGAAUGACUAUAUUGGCAAGCAAACGUAAUUGA